AUGGGGGAAGCAUCACUGAGAGCCUACCACAUGGCUCUGGGCCAGGAAGCCGGCAGCGGAGGGGGCACCUUUCAGAUCCACCAUCCUCUCCUCGGUGCAAGUGCAGCAACCUCCAACUUCAGGCAGUGGGGUCUAGAGGUGGACCAAGAGACCCCAAGCCAGUGCAGAAUGGCGCUCCCGGCCACUCAGCUCCCCCUGCCUCGUUUUGGGUGGUGCUGGAUGUCGGGAGCGCUGGCCUCUGCUCUGCUGAUUUGCAGCACGGCUGGUCUGACAGCUGCUGUCGGUGUCGCGACCCCACCCUACUUCCCAGGCUCCCUGCCUCCUUCCCUGGAGAAGCAUCCUCAGCCAAUGGAGCCACAAUACCUGACAGCUGAAGGCAGGGAACACCAGGAGGGGCCCCAGGAAGCUGGCCCCAAGGACGGGAUGCUGCGGGAAGAUGCCCCGCUGGCCCCUGGUAAUGACUGGAGCCCGUUGGGGAGGACCCUGGCACGAGGUGGCAGAGCAGCUGCUCAGGCCUCCGCCUGUGGUCACCUGGGACAGGACUCAGGUGGACGGGGAUGCCCGGCUCGUUUAAUAUCACUGAUGUUGAGAGACAGAUGGGAAAAUAGCCGUGAGAAGGACGUGGAGUGGGGAGGCUGUCACUGAACACUACAGACACUUAGAAAAGGGAAAAUGACAAGUUCAGGGCCACGGAUCACCAAUUUAAAGCAAAGUCAGGAUUCCUUGGCAGAAUUUAACGAAAUGCUUCUCUUCUACAGCCAGGGGUCAGAGGGCAGAAGACAAGGUGCAGGACUUCAGAGAAGGCCUAGUUUCCAGCCCAGGGAAGUCCCUUCUCCAAAGUCAGGGCCCCCAGGGGGAGGGUGGGGUCCCUGAUAUCUGAGAUGGACUAUCUGGGGAGACACUCUUGAGACAUUGAACCCUCAGAUUCUCCCGUACCUCCUGGCCUGCAGAAGUGGGCCGUUCCCUCUGUUGGAAGACAGAGGUCCUCUCUUGCUGAAAGGCCAUGCAAAAGCUAAGGGAAGGGACCUUACAAGACAAGGAAUUCCUCUCUCCAGCGUCUGUCCCCACCUCCCCUCCUGACCACCAGGCUCAAAGCUGGGAUCAGAUCUCAGCAUGACUUGACCAAGGAUGUGCUUUGCAUGCCAGGGACCAAGAGGGAUUAACAAGCAGAGGAGUGGCGGGAGCAAGCCAGCAGGGACCAGUUGGAUCUGGAGAAUAUUCCUAGAUGUGGACUCUGAAGGUUCUGCAUCAAGGGAGGCUGCAUAGAAGCUGGAGACUGGAGAGUUAAUUAGUACAGAAAGACUCCCUAACCCCUAAAAAGGCCCUGGGAAGAUUCUAAUAUGUUGCUUGGGAGGGUUUUUUUUGUUUGAGACAGAGUCUCUCUCUGUCACCCAGGCUGGAGUGCA